AUGUCAAACUUUUCCAUUUGCUCCCCUGCGGCCAUUCAGACCCCGGUCGUCUACGGGGCUGAGAUUCUUUCUCUUUCGGCCGCUUGGGUCACAAAUUAUACCGAUUACAUCCCUUCCUCGUUCAACUACAACGGAGGAACUGUUGACCUAGAAAAUGCCAAAUUCUGCAACAUCACCGUGAAAUACACUCAUCCCGGCUACGAGAAAAACAUCACCGUUGAGACCUGGCUUCCCGAACCGGCCAACUGGAACGGCCGUCUGCAGGCAACAGGAGGUGGUGGAUGGGCUGCUGGCCGGUUUGUGCUGUCCGAGUUCUUCAUGGGAGGUGCAAUUGGGGAAGGAUUUGCUACAACCACAACCGAUGCAGGACUGGGCAAGGAUACUACAGGACCCCGUGAAUGGGCGCUCAUCAGCCCGGGCAAUGUUGAUUGGGUGGCAGUGGAAAACUUUGGAUCCCGUGCAUUCAGUGACCAAGCCAUCAUUGGCAAGGGCCUUAUAAAUAGCUUCUACGGUCGUGCCCCCGAGUAUUCUUACUGGAGCGGUUGCUCUCAGGGAGGCCGGCAGGGAAUGAUGAUCGCUGAGCGCUAUCCCACUGCAUACGAUGGCAUUGCUGCCUCAGCCCCCGCUCAAUCCUUCACCAAAUUCACUUCUUCGCUCUAUUAUCCUCUUCUCAUGCGCAUCUGGCAUAACGUGAACCCGCUUGUCUGCGAACUGGACUUCCUUACAAGCGAGGCCAUCAAGUACUGUGACCACCUCGAUGGUGUGGUAGAUGGACUCAUCUCCAACAUGACCGCCUGUGACUACAACCCCUAUACUGCCGUGAACAUGACUUUCACCUGUGACUCCUUGAACCAUACUAUUGCACUCAGUCAGGGCGCCGCGCUCAUCGCUGAGGCUGCCUGGUCGGGCGCGCACACCACAGACGGCCACCAGCUCUGGUUCGGAUACAACCCAGGGUCCGACAUCGGUAGUACCUUUGGUGCUCAACCGGAAACCAACAUCUCAUCGCUCGCCACCACCAAGGAUGAAUGGUUUAAUCUUUUUGUCGCUAAGAAUAUCAGCUUCAACACCAUGGGUUUGAGCCACGAGGAGUACCAGGAGUUUUUCAACCUCAUCACUUCAGAGUAUGGUAGUGCCUGGAACGCAGAUGAUGCCAACUUGCAGGCUUUCAAAAAGAACGGAGGCAAGCUGCUAACCCACCAUGGCAUGGCCGAUCCCAGCAUCCCCACCAAGGGCACCGAAUAUCUCUACAACAAGGCGCGGGCACUCUUCCCGGACGUUCAGGACUUCUGGCGCUUCUUCGAGUCGCCGGGUCUGGGUCACUGCGCCGGCGGCCUCGGCGGCCAGCCGACCACCGUCAUGAAGGCUCUUCAGCGUUGGGUCGAAAAUGGCACCGCCCCGGACACCUUGCCUGUGGAAUACCCGUCGCUCGGAAAUGGUCUCCAUCGAAACCUGUGCCCCUAUCCUUCCCAGAUUGAAUACAUUGGUGGUGAUAUCUCUUUGGCUGAGAGCUUCCGUUGCACUUAG